CGCCGUGUUCAAACCCCUUCUUACCCACACUCAUUGGCCGUCAUUGGCUCCCUAAAUGUGCUGACCGUGUAAAAGGAACCGGUUGGUCACUCUCUACGAUUCUGGACUUCACGAAUCGAACACGAGCGAGUGCAGAGUCGCCCCCCGAAAAAAAAGCGGCAACAAUUUCUUCCAUUCGAAAUGGAAAAUUUACAAUUUUCAGGACCAAUUGAAAUAUCUUUGCUCGUGCUGAAUCCUGUGUCGCCCAGUGGAUUGUACGACGCCAUCGAUGAUGAUGACGACGUCCGACUUGACUAUGCCAAGUCACACGAAAAUGAAGGAAAUUGUACAUGGUCACACAAAGAGAACGGAAUUGAAUAAACAUCCAUAAACACACAUACACGAUCCUGCGAUGUGGAGAGAGAAAAAAGGAACCAAUUUUUGAAUAUUCUAUCGACAACAACCAGUAAUAAUAUUAAACUGCAAUUUUUCGUUGGAAUCGAAUUACUAUGGCUUUCGAAGUAGCGCUUUACCUUUGGGCUAUUUGAUGGCGCUGGAGAAAAAAGUGGUUGUGGUAUACGCUGUGUGAUUGCGUUUUUAGGUAAUCGAAUCAUGUCAAAAUGCCUCUGAACAAUUCUGAUUACAACGAUUCUCCGGCUGCGAGUAGUUUUAUCGGCGCCGGGCCACCACGUCUUACGACAGCGUUGUCUGCUCAGGACGCGCAGUUUUGCCUUCGAUGGAACGGCUAUCACACCAAUCUGUCAACUGUAUUCGAGCAACUUUUCCGGAGUGAAUCUCUCGUGGAUGUAACCUUGGUUAGCGAGGGUCGUCUGUUGAAAGCACAUAAACUAGUUCUAGCCGCAAACAGUCCCUACUUUCAGACAAUAUUUGCUGAAACUCCCUGCAAGCAUCCUAUCAUCAUUAUCAAAGAUGUUAAGUGGGAGGAGCUCGAAGCACUUGUGGAAUUCAUGUAUCGGGGAGAAAUUCACGUAGCUCAGGAGCAUAUACGGCCACUGCUUAAUCUUGCCGAAAUGUUCCAAAUAUGUGGUCUAACCGAUUUGCACCAGGAGGAUGACCGAAAGCCUGCGCCUGAGAAUGACGACCGACAUAUUACGGUGUGCAGCGCGUCGGGAACCCUCAAUGACAAGAAUGUCGACGGCGAGUGUUCUCCGCCAAAACGAAUACAGAAGGAGCGGGACUUGGCUAGGAAGCAAACCUUCGAGACACUGGACGUGCCUGUUGAGUGGCCAGCGGAAGAUGAAAUCAAACAUGAAGAACAGCCCCUGUUCAAGAGUGCCCGGAAACGAAAACAAUCGCCCAGUGAUGUGGGUGUUGUGUCGGAUGAUUGCAUAGUGACCAGAUUUUCUAACAUUCCAACGACGGCAGCUCAGCAGAUUGUUGACAUUCCGAAGUCGCCCACACAGAUGCAGCCGACUCGUCUCUUGCUGGAGGAGGCGGAUUCAAAGAUGAGCUUUGCCGAUCAGGUCAAUGAAGAAAGCAGUAUAUCAUUCAAUGGUGAUUGGGGUUCUCUCAGUGAAUCUCGUGCGAAGCAGAAAGUCCCCGCUUGGAGCUGGAGUCAACUGCAGGAGGCCAUCACAGCGGUCGUGACGCAGCGGUUGCGCUUCACGCAAGCAUCCGCCCAGUACAACAUCCCCAAGGGAACCCUGUACGACAACAUUCUUGGCAAAACCCAUCGGAUGGCGAUCCUGGAGGAGCUGCUUCUAAGCCCGGCCGAGGAAGCAGCCGUCUUGGAGUUCUGCUGUGACACUUCAACCUCACCGUUCAGCAAGAAGACGAAAAAGUCGCUCAAAAGUAUACUGGAAUUUCUGGCCCGAUUCGACGUCUAUCGGGCACAGGCGGAGCGGUUCAGAUUUGGUGACAAGGGCGGUUUCCGGUGGUGGUGGGCAUUCUGCCGGAAGCACUCGAUUGUGUCGCUGUAUUAUGAAGGCAUCAAACUGGAGGAAGAGACAAGAACCGGGGGUAAAAAGGAGCGGCGAAGUGACGAUUUCGAGGGGGGAGAAACAACAUAAUCCGAAAGCCAAGAUGUCAUGGAACGCUGUCGGAAACAAGUGCGCAUCAAAAUCUCUAACUAUAUAAUGGUUGCAACAUCAGAAGGCUGCAUUGUGAUGAUCUUUUUGGGUAAACAGGCCCAGGAGCGGGGUGAAUCCGUCCAGAAAAUGAACCUUGACUGGCACAAGGAAUACCACGAGAAAUCUGCACAAGAAGAGGCUGCCGCGAAGGAUUAAGAUAGUGAUGGUUCCUUUCUUUCUUUUCCGAAGUUUUUUUUUGUGAUUAAGUUAAUGCCCUUUUUAGAAGGUGUUUCAUAAUAGAGAGUUUUAAAAUGCUCGUGCUUGUUUUAUUAGUUUCUUGCAGGAUUGUAACACAAAUAUAUUUUUAAAGAUGUUUGAAAUUUGCAGUUAAUAAAACAAAAUAUAUUUUCGAUCGUAUAGGAUUGUAAUUCAUUGAUAGUUUGAUUACUAUCAAAACUCGAAUGUUUGUAUGAAAGAAUCUUAGGUAUCCAACGGCAUUAACGUAUCUGAGAAGCAU